AUUUUCUCGAAUUUGAAGUGUCAUUCGAAGAUUUCUUCGGCUUCUGUUGUACUUUCUUGAAUAAACCGAAAGUGAAGAUACUACGUGAAUAAAUUCAGCUGCGUUAGACAAGGAACAGUGUAUUUUCAUUCGAGUCAUUUUCAAAAACGUGCUGCUUUCAGAGACUAUUGUGUUUAAAUCAUGGAAAAGGUAAACCAGUUAAAGGAGAAGGGUAAUGCGGCACUCUCGUCGGGUAAUUACAAAGAAGCGAUAGAUAGUUACUCUAGUGCUAUAGCUUUAGACUCGCAGAACCACGUUUUGUUUAGCAACCGCUCAGCAGCUUAUGCUAAAGCUGGUAACUACAAAGCAGCGCUCGAAGACGCUGAAAAAACAGUAUCGAUCAACCCCAGUUGGAGUAAAGGUUAUUCUAGAAAGGGUAGUGCCUUGGCAUAUUUAGGAAGAUUUGAUGAGGCUAUUGAAGCUUAUCAGAAAGGUUUACAAUUAGAUCCCAGCAACCAACAACUAGCAUCUGGAUUGGCGGAAGUUAAGAAACAAGCAGAUGAAGCUCAAACUAAAAUACAGGAAACUAUUGCCAAGUUACAUGCUAAUCCACAGACUAGAGAAUGGUUGAAAGAUCCAGAAUAUGUGAAAAUAGUUGAGAAACUUGCCUUGAACCCAUUUGAUAUCCAAUCCCUGGACGCUAAAAUGCAAGACAAAAGGGUCCUCGCGACUAUUGGUGUUAUGUUUGGUGUGGACAUUAAUGUGCCAAUGGAUGUAGACCCACCAGCUCCGGAAAAGACUCCAUCACAACCACCAAAGAAAGAAGAGCCUCCUAAACCAAAAUAUGAAGAUUUGCCAGAGAAUCGUAGACUAGCAUUAUUAGAAAAGGAUCAAGGAAAUGAAUGUUACAAAAAGAAAGAUUUUGAAAAUGCUUUAAAACAUUAUCAAAAGGCUGCAGAACAUGACACAACUGACAUUACAUUCUACACAAAUAUGGCUGCUGUGUACUUUGAACAGAAAGAGUAUGAGAAAUGUAUUAAAGAGUGUGAAAAAGCAAUUGAGAUUGGCAGAGAGAAUAGAGCAGAUUUCAAGUUAAUAGCUAAAGCUUUUACUAGGAUUGGUAAUGCAUACAGGAAAAUGGAACAAUGGAAAUUGGCAAAAACGUACUUUGAGAAAUCAAUGUCAGAACAUCGUACUCCAGAAAUCAAGACUCUUCUUAGUGAAGUGGAAAAGAAAAUUGCCGAAGAAGAGAAGAAAGCAUACGUUGACCCAGUGAAGGCAGAACAGGAAAAGGAACUUGGCAAUGAAUAUUUCAAGAAAGGUGACUACAGUACAGCAGUAAAGCAUUAUACAGAGGCUAUACAGCGUAAUCCGGAUGAUCCCAAACUAUACUCAAACCGAGCCGCCUGCUACACCAAAUUAGCUGCAUUUGAUAUAGGGCUCAAAGACUGCGACCAGUGCUGCAAGCUCGACCCCAAGUUUAUCAAGGGCUGGAUCCGGAAGGGGAAAAUCUUGCAGGGUAUGCAGCAACAUUCUAAGGCACUAACUGCCUACCAAAAGGCCUUGGAGUUAGAUCCCAGUAACGCUGAAGCACUUGAAGGAUAUCGUGCAUGUUCCACGCAACUCAAUUCCAAUCCUGAAGAGGUCCGUAAACGCGCUAUGGCUGAUCCCGAAGUACAGCAGAUCCUUCGCGAUCCGGCGAUGCGUUGCAUCCUCGAGCAGAUGCAACAAGAUCCUCACGCAUUACAAGAUCAUCUCAAAAACCCUACCAUUGCUGCCAAGAUACAGAAGCUGCUGGAGUCCGGGCUUAUUGCUAUACACUAACGGGGAUGUGACAUCAUCACCGAAUCUCACUUACACCUGCGUAAAGUGACUUAUCAGCAAUAUCUAGCUUAAGGAAGCUACAUUCAAGAAAUUUACUCCUGAGCAACUUCCAAGUUACUACUUAUUCGAAGCAUGAAAAAACGCAUACAACAAAAAAAAUAUAAUAACAGCAAAUAUGCAAAGCGCUUGUAUAAGUGAGAUUAAUCGAACAUCAAUAAUGAGAAAUUGUAAUUUGCUUUGGUUGGUUUACUUUGAGAAAUAUAUUGGACACCGAUCACGCAUACAAAUAAUAAAAUUU